GACAGCAAAGUGGACCAAUCAUAUGAUCACAUGCAGCCAGGUGUCGCUGGUUUAUGCACCAAAGAGAACGAGCAAGAGGCGGGACCAAGCCAUUCACCUCUGGGAUCCCGCAGAGCGAGGAAGAGAAAACUUGGAUGAUAGUAAUUAGUUGGUAGUGUUGUUAGGUUGAAACUGAAGUAAAUUGAGGACCUGGAAGAGGUUUAUUCAAUUGAAGAGUUAAUGCCAGACCGCGGGGCAAAAAGUAACGUAACAACGUGUGAAGUUUCAACGACCUGUAGAGUAACAACCUCAGCCCGAUAGCAGACGUUGGAUCGUGUUGAACUUCUGUUGAUUUGACAGCUAUUCAGAACGGGCGGAGGAACGAUGUCAGCCAAGGAAGACGAAUAUGACUAUCUGUUUAAAGUGGUGCUCAUCGGAGACUCUGGCGUAGGGAAGAGUAACCUGUUGUCUCGUUUCACCCGGAACGAGUUCAACCUGGAGAGCAAGAGCACCAUCGGGGUGGAGUUCGCCACGCGCAGCCUGCAGGUGGAGGGCAAGACCGUGAAGGCUCAGAUCUGGGACACGGCCGGCCAGGAGCGGUACCGGGCCAUCACCUCGGCGUAUUACCGCGGGGCGGUCGGCGCGCUCCUGGUCUACGACAUCGCCAAGCACCUGACGUACGAGAACACCGAGCGCUGGCUGAAGGAGCUGCGGGACCACGCCGACAACAACAUCGUCAUCAUGCUGGUGGGCAACAAGAGCGACCUGCGCCACCUGCGGGCGGUGCCUACCGACGAGGCCAAGGCCUUCUCAGAGACGCAUGGCCUGUCUUUCCUGGAAACUUCAGCGUUGGACUCCUCCAAUGUGGAACUGGCAUUCCAGACUAUUCUCACAGCCAUCUACAACAUGAUGUCCCAGAGACAGAUCACUGGACGCCCAGACUCCGACUUCUCUCCCGGGUCCAACGUGGUUCCUAUCACCGUCCAGCCCACACAGAACCCCCCCAGACAGAACCCCUGCUGCCAAAACAACUGACCCUCCCCCGGCCCGGCCCCUCAGACAGACAGACAGACAGACAGGUGGGAAGACAGACGUACCAUUACAUCAUAGUUGGUCAGUUCUACUGAUUAGUGUAGCUGGUUUUACUGGCUGGUAGGAUGGUUCUGCCGGUCAGUGUAGCUGGUUCCACUGAUUCUAUUGGUUAGUAAGGCUGGUUAUGCAGGUUAGUAUAGCCGGGUCUGCUGGUUAGUAAUAUGGUUAUUAAGCUGGUUAAGUUAUGAAUGGGAAAUGGCAGAGGGCCGUGUCAUGUUGCAUGGAUGAAGGUAAGAAAGACUACAAGGAGAUGCUUAAGGAGAUGAAGGAUGAGAUGAAGGAGGGGGUG